AUGGCUAUCGAGGACUCGAACGAACUCACCACCCUCUGCAUACCAACACAACGGCUCUCAACUCAGUCUUUCCUUUAUCUUUUCUUCUCAGGUCCACUGAGGGAGAUCUUCAUGCCCGAGGCCGACGCAGCAAACUUCUUCAGACGCCGCAGCAGAAGAGCUGCCAAGUCUCAGGACGAAAUUGACGCUGAACAGAGGCAGGUGCUGGCUGCAGAUAAGCGGAAGAGAGAGAACCAUGAGGAACAGAGGAAUGAGUUUGAGAACUACGCUGAGGAGGAGCAUGACGAGCAAGACGAGAGGACACGGGAGAGCACCGAGCAGUGGCGAGAGUUCCACUAUGACGGCCUGCAUCCCCCCCAGGAGUACAACCGCCAGUCUACCUGAGACAUCACCGCCCUACUGGAGAACAGUGGUAUUACAGCAGGCAGGACACAGAGGGCUACGCCCCCUACUAUAAUAGUAAAUGUAACAUUUUAUAAUGUCGUGUACGCUUCCAUAAAUACUUUGGAAAGACUUUAGGUAGGUGUUCUCUUUUAGAUAUGCCUUAUAAAUAAUAUUUUUAAAGAAGCAAAUUAAUGUUAUUCUUCUGUACUGGUUUGAAUGUUUGCAUGUGUGUUGCAUUUUCGCAUGCUGUGUGACGAUGCAAUGAUGUAGAUUUGAACAUGUUAAUACUUAUAUACAGCUUUAGUCUAAAGUUUACUUUGGUUGGAGUCAUUAAAAGUCAUUUUUCAACCA